UUUCAAACAAUUGUACACUCCGCUUCCCAAGUUGUACGUCAAGAACGGACUUUUCAAGACGGAGUCGAAUCCGCGCUGUAAUAAGAUGUACCUUAUGCAACAGGAGCUGUACGUCGGAGUUCCUCGUUGAGUCCGGAGCCACAACCGAGUCACGCAAAAAGGGCAACUCCACCGAGUGAUGAUGAGUAUAUGGUAGUCCCCACGUUCUUCCAGCGUCACUACACCAAACUUUUUUUCCAAAUCUAGAGAGAGAAACAAACACCCUCCUAACCCGCCAACCAUUUUUUUUUUUCUCUCUCACGGGAGUGCUGAGGAGGAGGGCUUUUGCGGAGGGAUCAAAUUGUGCUGGGCUGUGUUGUUCUUGCAUUUUUAUUUUUACUCUUCUUGAAAUUCAACUGGGGUUCUGCGAAAUUUUAAAAAUUUUGCCCUUUUGUUGUCUAUUUUUUUUUUUUUUCCCGGAGGAUUAUUUAUGAAAUUUUGGAAUGGAGUAUAUUGGGAGAGCGGUGAAAAAGGAGGUUCGAGGGCAAGACCCACUAUUCGGUUUGGUUCGAGGGUACGAGCCGGGAACUGGGAUUUUUGAGGUGGUGUACGACGGCGGAAGUUCCGAGGAAUUGGGAUUUCUGGAGCUGUCUUCGGUGCUGGUGUCCGGCGGGUGUUCGUCUCCGCCGCCGUUGGGAUCGGACGAUGGGGGCAAUCCGAGGAAGCGGCGCUGCAUUGCUGAUGAAGGUAAGGGUAGCGAUAACUUAGUAAUUCUUGGCGGUGUUUCUGAUAAUUCGGUGGUUAGGGAUGGGAAGCCUGCCAAUUUUGACUUGAAUUUGAAUGAUGACGACGGUUGUAAUACUUUGAAUGAUGAUCGUGGGUUUAAUUCUGUUGAAAUUGGGGGUGAGAUUGGCGGCCUGGAUUUGAAUAAGGAGGUGAACUUGGAGGUGGGGGAAGGCCCCUGCCUGAACAAUGGGGUUUCGGGAGGGGUUUUGGGGCCGAAGAAGCAGAUGAUUGAUUUGAAUGUCGAUGUGAACGAGGGUUUUAAGAAUUUGGGGGGUGGGAGCGGGGGGAUUUGCUUUGAUUUGAAUUUGAAGUUUGUAGAGGAUGAGGGAAGUACCCUGGCGGAACGUGGGGUGGGAGUUGAAUUGAAUGAAGGUGUUUGUGGCGAAGAACGUGAGCGGGCAGGGGCAGAUUUAGCAGUGGCUGAUAUGGAGAGUGGGAAGGGGAAUGUCGAAGAUCUGGAGAAGAAAGAGGUUAGCCAGCCGGAGAACUCUGCUACAGAGGUUAGCCAUGGAAAUGUUGCUCCAAUAAGUGCACCGAAGAAGAGAAGAGGGAGGAAGCGAAAAGAUUCGACAAAUAGCAGCAUUGAAACAGCACCAGUUUCACCCGAUUUCCCUAAAUCGAACACAGAAACAGAUAAAAUGGAUGUGGAGCUUGAAAGCAUUAAAGAAACUCCAAUAACAAAUGGUAAUGGUGCUGAUAAUGGAGUUUUGGGAACUAUGACGAGGGUAGGGAGGGGUAGGAAGAGGAGGGCAGUACAAGAGGGUGAUGUUACAUUACCCACACCAGAGACGGGGCUGAGAAGGAGUAGCCGAAGAGCAAAAAUAGCUGCAUCUUCUGAACCAGAUCUAGUUCCUCUACAGUUAGGAGAUGGUAAUAAUCAUCAGUUGUCGUCUCCUGCAAUUAGCGUGGUGUCUGAUGAGAAGGUUAUGGCUCCAGCUCGUAGAAAAGCCAUUGAUUGUGCUAUGGAUCCCCCGAAGGUGGAUUUGCCUCCUUCAUCCUGCGAUCUUGAUAUCAAUGGGGUAUCUAUGCUGGAUGUCUUUUCGGCUUAUUCAUUCUUGAGGUCAUUUAGCACUUCAUUAUUUCUAAGCCCCUUUGGACUGGAUGAUUUUGUUAUAUCUCUGAAAUCCAGUGAUUCGACAUUAUUAUUCGACUCCAUUCAUCUAUCCCUCCUUCGGACAAUAAGGAAACAUCUGGAGUCACUUUCGGAAGAAGGCUCUGCAUCGGCAUCAAAUUGUCUCAGGUCUCUCAAUUGGGACUUUCUCGAUUUGAUUACAUGGCCGGUGUUCCUGGUCGAGUACCAUUUAUUGCACAACCCAGGACAUGUACCUGAUAUCGGCGCUUGUAAUUUGAAGCUUUUCUACGAUGACUACUACAAGCUGCCAGUGUCAGCCAAGGUUGAGAUUCUGCGUCAUCUCUGUGAUGAUGUUCUUGAAGCAGAAGUAUUUAGGUCAGAACUCAACAGAAGAAUGGCUGCAACGGAUCAACGGGCUGAGCGCAGCACAAAAUUCGACACCUUGAAGAGGAAAAAGGCUGCUAUGGAUGCUGCUAGCAGUUCCUGCAUUACAGAAGAGGACGCUGAAGAUCCUUUGGAUUGGAACAGCGACGAGUGUUCACUCUGUAAAAUGGAUGGGAACUUAAUAUGCUGUGAUGGCUGUCCAGCGGCUUUCCAUUCAAGGUGUGUGGGGGUUGUCAGCAGCCAGCUGCCUGAGGGUGAAUGGUUUUGCCCUGAAUGCUCGAUCGAGAAGGAUAAUCCUGGGCUGAGAGUCAGGAAGUCUGCUCGAGGGGCUCAAUGCUUGGGUGUUGAUCCGUGCGGGCGAGUUUAUUACAGCAGCUGUAGUUAUCUGUUGGUAUUGGAGCUGUGCAAUGAUGAAUACUUAUCUUGGACCUACAAUGGAAAUGACGUGCCUUACGUUAUUGAAGCAUUGGAAUCAUCGCCAUUAAUAUACGGGACAAUAAUAAAUGCCAUCUGUAAGCAUUGGAAUAUAGUUCGUGGAGUUAAUGGGGCCAGACUUGAUUCGGACACUCGUUCCUCCUCUCUACAGUCCAUGUUACCUGGAAAAGGCCGAGUUCCUCCAAUGUGUUCCGUGCCAUCGGAAACUCAUAAUGAGAAUGGUGCCAUUGCUGAAAAUAGAUCUGUUGAUGAGUUGACGGUGCCCAUUAAUUCCUGUAACACGCAACCUGAAAAUGCAAAGAGCUGUGCUGUUGUGCUGGAGACUGGUGAUGUUGGAGCAAAGAUUAAUAAUCAGUUGGCAAGUUCUGAAGGAUCAGCCGAAGUCUCUCAGAUGUUCGUACAGUGCGAUACCUUAAAGGAAAGUGGGCCGAAUUGUUCAAAAACAUGUUUAGAGGUAUCAGAUCAGUGUCUUGGUCAGGGAACCUUUGCAAAUGCUGAUCAGUAUAUGGCGCCGACUUCAGUAAAUGUUGAGAAAGGGAAGAAUCUUAGUUCAGAAAGUUGUGGCUAUGCACCGGACACUGCAUACUCUAGAGAAGUCCCUGCUGAAGUUUAUAAUGCUGUUAAUUAUGUCAAUUCUUAUGAAUUUGCUCGAACACCAUCGUCAUUUUAUGAGGAAUGGUCAUGUAAAGCAACAGAUAAGACCUCUCAAGAUACGUCAAGGUCUGCGGGUGACAUUGUCGCCAGACAGCUGAAAGUUGUGUCAAAUAGAUCUGCUGAAUUUUCUUGGGCAAAUAUUCAAACCUCAAAGAUGAACUUGAGGAAAGAAAGAUGCGGUUGGUGUUUGUAUUGCAGAGUUCCUGAGGAGGAACGGGAUUGCUUGUUCAUUAUGAACGAUAGUAUUCCAGCUGUAGAAAACUACACAAAUGAAGUUCUGGGAAUCCAGUCAGCAAAGAAGAUCAAAAACCACCUUGUCGAUGUCAUGUGCCAUAUUAUUUGCAUUGAAGAUCAUCUGCAGGGGCUUCUGUUGGGACCAUGGUUGAAUCAAGAAUUUUCAAUGCUUUGGCGUAGAAGCGUUCUUGAAGCGGCUGAUCUUGCUUCCUUGAAAAAUUCGCUACUCAUGCUGGAGAAGAACUUGCAUCACCUAGCCAUUCCUGCUGAUUGGCAAAAACAAGUGGAUACUGUUACUACAAUGGGUUCUGCCUGUCACAUUGUUAGCAGUUCAACAAGACUGUCUUCGAAGAAUGGAAUGGGCAGGAAACGAGAGAACCCUUCCAAGGUGGAGACUUCCCAAUCUUCUAAUGCUGCAACUGGGCUUAGUUUAUUCUGGUGGAGGGGUGGAAGGGGUUCACGAAUGCUCUUCAAUUGGAAAGUUUUGCCUCACUGUUUGGCUUCCAUGGCUGGCCGGCAGGGUGGGCGUAAGAAGAUACCGGGCAUUAUAUACCCUGAAAGUGGAGAAUAUGCCAAGCGAACUAAGUGCGCUUCAUGGAGAGCUGCUGUUGAAGCAUCAAGAAGUGUGCACCAGCUUGCUCUCCAGGUUAGGGAGCUUGAUGCAACUUUAAAAUGGGCUGAUAUCGGGAAUAACAACCUUAUCUUAAAGACGGAUAAGGACACGAAAAAACCUGUCAGAUCAUUUAAAAAAGUUAUAAUCCGAAGGAAGUCCUCAGAUGGAGGCACGAUUAAGUACCUUCUGGAUUUUGGCAAGAGGAGAUUUAUUCCUGAUGUUGUUGUGAAACAUGGAUCGAUAGUUGAAGAUCCAUCGAGCAAGAAAAAGAAAUAUUGGUUGGAAGAGACUCAUGUGCCGUUGCAUCUAUUGAAAUCGUUUGAAGAGAAAAGAAUUGCUCGUAAAUCUAAUGUGGUGAAAUCUGGAAAACUUCGUGAGAGCAUUGGAGUGUUGAAAAAACCUUUCAAGAGAAAGGGCUUUUCAUAUCUUUUCUCGAGAGCCGAAAGAUUAGAGAAUUUUCAGUGUGGACACUGUAAAAAAGAUGUUCCAAUCAGCGAAGCAGUGAGCUGUCAGCAUUGUCGAGGCUUUUUCCAUCGAAGACAUGCCCAGAAAUCCGCUGGAUCCAUCGCUUCCGAGUGUACAUACACCUGCCAUAAAUGCCAGAGCGCAAACAUCGUGAAAAUUGACGGGAGGAAGUCGAAAUUCGAAUCCGCAAAACAGAAGAAGAGCUUAUCAACACAGCCGAAACCUCUACAGCAAGCAAAGGCGAAAGGGAAACGAAAAGGAAAGGGGAAGAGGACGGGAAAGCGACUUGCAAAUAAGAAGACAGCAAAAGUCCAAACAGGUAUACCUUUGCGGCGUUCUUCUCGGAAUGCCGCUCGCGUCGCCAGGCAUUGUUUGCAGAGUGCGAUCGUAAAAAGACGAAAGAGAGGCCGCAAAGCUAAAUCUGCAAAGAGCCCGAUUAAGAAGCCCAAAAUUAAUAAUUGGAAGAGGAGGAGGUCGCCGGUUGCUUGUAGUUUCUGGUUGAAUGGCGUUCGGUUAUCAAGGAGGCCAAACGACGCUAGGCUAGUCGAUUUCAGGAGUAAGAUGCUUCUUUUGCUGCCCGGGGAGGCUAACAACCACCACGAUAAUCCGACGUGCAACCUCUGCGCCGAAUCGGAGCAUAAUCCCGAGCUGGUCUACGUGGCUUGCGAAUUAUGUGGAGUUUGGUUUCAUGGCGAUGCUUUCAAUCUGACGGACGAUAGAAUUGAAAACAUUAUCGGCUUUAAGUGCCCCACAUGUCUUAAAAGGACACCUCCCGUCUGCCCUCAUUAUUUUCCUACAGAAAACAAGAAGGCCGAUCCUGCUAGAACUAAAACUGAUAAGCUCUCGGAUUCAGACAAUGCAGCCAAGGGCAAACUUUCGGGAUCCUCAGGUGAGUCACAGCAGAGAGAGUGAAUUAUAAUCUGCUGAGAAAAUAUUUUACCUGGCAACAAAGAUCUAAUGAGCUCGGCGAAGUUAAAGGGAGUGGCGUGUGUUGAUUGUUGUCGAUAUUCGUUAAUCUAUUCCCUGUUUGGACAAUCCUGGAAGAAUGGAACUGUUCGAGAUCGUGUCUGCAAAUAGAUUUUUGGCAUCGGUCGGGCGAGCCGGCCGUAGGCAGGAGAGGAGAAGAUAGAUGAGAGAUUGUGUUUGUACAUUACAUUGUAAGGAAUUGUGCUGAUACAACAGAUGGUAAAAUUACCCUCUUGUAAAACUCAAUAUUUGCUGAUGGCCAAUAGUUCAUUUAAAUGAUUUGCUAUAGCAAUCGAUUUUGCUCCCUAUGUAUCUUUCUUUUUGUAUUUUGGAUGUUUUAAGUUUGUUUUUUCAUUUUUA